AUGUCUGACCAAGUCCAGGCGCCUUUGCCUCAAGGUGCGGGUUAUGGCGUAGUUGUUGGAUUUGGUGUUGCUUUCGCCCUAGGCAUGAUUUGGGUCACGAGGUCCCUGAGAAUAUCGUUCAACGAGGAUAAUAAAUCGACCGAAACAUUCAUGGUCGCCAAUCGCACAGUCGGUACUGGCCUGACAGCAUCAGCUGUAGUAUCAUCCUGGCUCUAUAGCACCGCUCUGCUUGGAGCCUCAUUACUGACCUAUAAAUAUGGCUUAGCACUUGGUGUCUGGUGGGGUGCGUCUGCUAGCACGAUGGUCUGUUUCUUGUCACUCAUUUCCAUCGAGGCCAAACGCCGCGCUCCCAACGCACACACAUUGCUGGAGCUCAUUCGAGUGCGAUAUGGGACUGCCGCGCAUUUAAUCUGGAUCGUAUUCUGUCUCUUGACUAAUAUCUUAAAUUUCUCAAGUAUGCUACUCGGAGCUAGCGCUGCGGUGACCUCACUGACUGGAAUGAAUGUUAUCGCCAGCACCUAUCUACUACCUGUUGGCGUGGGCGUAUAUACCUAUUUCGGAGGGUUACGGGCAACAUUCUUAACCGAUUACAUCCAUACAUUUAUCAUCAUGAUAAUCUUGGCUUGGGUAACUAUUAAAAUUAUCGUCGUCAAAGAAAUUGGAUCCAUCGGAGCUCUCUACAAUGCCGUAACAGCUGCCGACAAGAUCCAUCCGGUUCAAGGCAAUUACGGAGGUUCGCAUUUGACCAUGAGAAGCGAACAAUGCCUCUACUUCGGUAUUCUUCACGUCAUUUCAAAUUUCGGAGCCGUCAUUAUGGACACCGGGUUUUGGCAAAAGGGGUUCUCAGCCGACGUCGCUUCGGCUGUUCCUGGCUAUGUUCUAGGAGGGAUCGCAUCGUUCUCGGUACCUUGGGCUAUUGGAACCUUCGGUGGCCUUGCUGCUGUUGCACUGGAAUCAACAGAUAUUUUCCCUACAUAUCCCAGAAUGAUGACAGCAGAGGAGGUUACUUCAGGGCUGGUAUUGCCGUAUGUCGUUCAAGCGGUAGCUGGGAAAGCUGGCGCUGGAGCUCUACUCGUCACGAUAUUCAUGGCCUGCACCUCAAUCGCUUCAGCACAGAUGAUCGCCAUAAGCUCCAUUAUUUCCUUUGAUAUUUACGGCACGUAUUUCAACAAGAACGCUACUGAUAAACAACUAAUCACAUGGUCACAUAUCGGCGUCGUCGCAACCUCCCUGGUAAUUCCCACACUUGCGACGGCUUUCAAUAAAGGGGGUGUCGACAUGACCUGGCUACUAUACAUGGUAGGAAAUAUAACCAACCCGGGCUGCAUUCCUACCGUCUUCGCUUUAUUGUGGAAAGGGCAAACCAAAGCUGCGGCUGUUGUCUCGCCUCUCGUCGGUGUAUGCUGUUCUCUCUCCGUCUGGCUUGGAACCACGUAUGCCUAUUUUGGCGAGAUCUCUGUCGCGUCAACCGGAAGCACGAUGCCGUGUCUAUUCGGCUGCGUCACAGCAUUUUUCGUCCCGCUACCCAUCACAGUUAUCGUGUCGCUUGUACGUCCGACUUCCUUCGACUGGUCAGCAUUCACAAAGCAAAUACACAAAGUUCGUCGGCCGGAGCAAGAUAGAACGGAAGCAGACCAGCAUAGUACAGAAGAAUGGGUCGCCCCUGAGAUGAAGAGGUAUAUGAAAAGGAUGAGCCGAUGGGCUGCAUUUUGGACCGUCUUCACUCUUCUGGGACACAUAUUCCUUUGGCCUCUCGCGAUGUACGGUGCGAAAAUAGUAUUUUCGAAAAGUUUAUUCACAGCGUGGAUUGUCGUGUCCCUCAUAUACCUCUGGUUCACCCUAGUCGUGGCUAAUUUUUAUCCCUUAUAUGAUGGCGGGGCUCGAAAAAUUUGGAUAGUCCUUUGUGGGCAAGUUACCCCUGAGGCGUCAAGCAAAUCCGAACCACAACAGGAUACAUCAGGUUAUUCCUCCGAAGGGCCGCCUAAAAAUGCCAGAGUCGAAGCAAAAGUGCUUCCAGCGUCGUGA